AUGGGUUGGUUCAGUGACGACUCCGAUCAGGCUCAGGCCUACAACGAGUACAACAGCGCCCCGCCUCAGGAGCAUGAGGCCAGCAAAAUCCACGAGCUGCUUGCCGGUGCUGCCAGCUACGAAGCCGCUAAGGCCUACGAGGACCACGUUGCCGCGAACGGCCAGCCCCCUAGCCACGCCAAGGCCAAGGAGAUCUUCGCUGGUUUCGCCGGUGCUUUCAUUGACCGUGAGGUUGAGACCAAGGGUCUAGACUUCGUUGAUGCCGAGAAGGCCAAGUACCACGCUCGUCAGCACAUUGAAAAUGUCGACGAGAGCCAGUUCGGGUACUAG